AGGCGGUUCGUCGCCGAAGACUCCCAAGUCCCCCCAAACAAACCCUUGCGUGGGAGCGAGGAGAGCUGCUCGCCGCCACCGCCGCAGCCGCCAUGUCGGGAGGGAUCGCGCGCGGCCGCCUCGCCGAGGAGCGCAAGGCCUGGCGCAAGAACCACCCCCACGGGUUCGUGGCGAGGCCGGAGACGCUGGCCGACGGGUCGGCGAACCUCAUGAUCUGGAACUGCACCAUCCCCGGCAAGCAAGGAACCGAUUGGGAAGGUGGUUACUACCCUCUUACCCUUCAUUUCAGUGAGGACUACCCUAGCAAACCUCCCAAGUGCAAGUUUCCACAGGGUUUUUUCCACCCAAAUGUCUAUCCUUCAGGGACAGUCUGCCUCUCAAUUCUCAACGAGGAUAGCGGUUGGAGACCUGCUAUCACUGUUAAGCAGAUUCUAGUUGGAAUACAGGACUUGCUCGAUCAGCCUAAUCCAGCUGAUCCUGCUCAAACUGACGGAUAUCACCUUUUCAUCCAGGAUCCAGCAGAAUAUAAGAGGCGUGUUCGUCUGCAGGCCAAGCAGUAUCCUGCUCUGCUGUGAGGAUGUUGGAUGCUUGAGAUCCAUGACCCAUCCUGCACAUCCACAUAGUAGCUGCGACAUCUUCAAUUAUGCAUCUGAAUAUGGAUUUGACAAUAUAUAAGUUCUCUGGAGUAUUGCCAGUGUAAACUUAAACCUUUUGUGGUCUGUACAUCCAGCAUUGGCUUGAAACAAAAUCGUUUCCUUAACUGCUGUAAGUGCUGGAGUGAUGACAUUUGAUGACGUUCAACUUUAUCUGUAAUCUCACUUCAAGAUAAUUUGAUUUUUGCGUGUUAUUAAAGAAAUUCUGUGCUUGGGAGAUGGUA